GGUACUUGGUAGUGGUCCUUCAGCAUAUUACUACUCGGUUAAUUGUUGAGGAGAGUGACAUUUUUGAGAGAUCGAGCUAGCUAGCUAGAUGGAGAGCAAGGUGAAGGAGUUUCUGGAGCUGAGCCAGGACGAGUCAGAGGCCGUGUCACGAAUCGUUGUUCCACCCCAGCGACCAGGAACCGCGAGUUUGUACGAGGAUUUCGCUCUCAGAAGCAUCCGAGUCGACCGAGUCGAACCCGGACUCGUCGUCUGUACGCUCAAGGUUCCUCCCCGCCUCACCGAUAGAGAUGGAAAUUUGGCUAAAGGUGCCAUUGCAAAUGUUGUUGAUAUGGUUGGUGGUUAUGUAACUUAUGUUGAGGGUCUCCCAAUGUAUGUUUCAGUAGACAUAUCGAUCUCCUAUAUAUCAACUGCAAAGCUUGAUGAUGAGCUAGAGAUCACCUCAAAAAGGUUAGGACAAAGAGGUGCUUAUUAUGGAGCAAUAGUGCUUCUGAGAAACAAAGCAACUGAUUAUUGCUGAGGGCCGUCAUUCAAUGUUUCGUCCCCGGUCUACUCCCAAACUCUGAGUUCUUUACAAAUAUAUACAUCACCUUGUUUGAGAUCAACUGAUUAAGUAUUUACCCCCAUCAUAAUGUUACCAAAAGCAAUCAGAGGGAGCAUUCUAGUAAACUUUGGGGAGUAUGGUGUGGAUCCUUCCACGUCAAUCAGUGGCGUAUCUACUCAAAAGGCUUAUUGGGCUAGCCAAACCCAAAUUUUCCCAUUAAAUCGUUACUAUCUCUAGACAAGUCAUGUUUUUGCGAUGUUGGCUAAGGAGCUCCAUGUAAUCUAACUAACCCAAGUUCAAAGCCUGGUGACAGUAAGACUUUUAAGCGAUCGUUGUAAUCAUGGUUGUGGCAUUCUUGCAGAUUGUUGUUUAAUAC